AAAAAAUUUCAAUACUGAAUUAAUUGCUUCUAAAAAAGAAAAUGAAAUUUGGUUAAAAACCCCUAAAAUUUUCAUUGAGAAUCAUGUUAAAGAUCCCAUCAAAUGGGAAUCUUUUGGUCCAGAUGAAAAUAAAUUACAUAGAGCAUUAAUCUCUGCUGAAAUAAAUGGAAAAAUUAUUGUUAGUCGUGGCGAUGCAAAAACAAAAAAAGAUUCUUCAAAAUUCGCAUAUUUGAAUUUAUGUUAUUCUAUAGAAUCUAUGGGCUUGAUGAAUUACUUGCUUGAAUUAAAACGAUCUAAUCAAUCAUUGAACUCAAAUUUAUCUGACAUUGAUUCAACAAAACAUGUUAUAGAAUAUUGUGCAAGAUUUGAUCAUGUACCUAAGUUUCAAGUUUUUCAACUCAAUUCUGAUCAAAACAAUAACGAUUCUUGGGGUGUAGAAUUUGUCGAAUCUUGA